AUGUUCAAAAAUUAUCAUUUUGGACUAAAACGUACAAUUAAAAAUGGAACCAAAAUAUGGAUUUGUACACUUAAACUGUGUAAUGCCUCAAUUACGACACGUGAUUGUUCAAUUUUAAAAACUUCUGCUAUUAAAUCAGAUGGAAGUCAUGAAUAUGAACAUCGACCAAAAAUGUCUUUAAACGUAUAUGAAUGCGUUAAAUCUAUCAAGCGACGUAUUGAAGAAGAUCCUACAGCACCAGUUUCCUUACUGUAUCACCAACAAGUCAAAAAAUUCAGACGUGAAAAUGGUACUGGUGCUGAAGUUCCUGUAUUUGAUCGUAUCAAAUCUUCUUUAUAUGAAUAUCGUUCGUCUAAACAACCAACAAUUCCCAAGACAUUAGCAUCGAUCGAUGUACCUGGUCCACUUACUCAUACUUUAAUGGGUCAAAAUUUUUUAUUCUGUAAUAAUAAUAUUUUAUCAAUAGUUGGUUUUGCUUCACGUAUGGCUAUUCAACUUCUCGGUGCUAAUCCACAUUGGAACAGUGACGGAACGUUUAGAACUGCUCCUAGACUAUUCUAUCAAAGCUACAGUAUACACAUAUGGGAUAAUUACAGUAUGAAGCCAGUCGUUUAUGCUGCAUUACCUAACAAGAACAUUAAUACAUAUGAUUUUUUUUUGAAUGAAUUAAUUGUAUAUGCUCAAAAAAAUGGUAUAUCACUUCUUCCAAAAUCAAUUUUAAUAGAUUUCGAAAUGGCUGCAUACAAUGCUUUUUCAAAAAACUUUCCAACUUCGAAAAUUAAAGGAUGCCAAUUUCAUUUUGGACAAAAUAUCUGGCGACAAAUUAAGAAAAAAGGUUUAGUUGCUCAUUCAAAGGGUGCUGAAGCACGUCGUCAAAUAGCAAAUAUACUUAUGUUACCAUUAUUACCACCACAAGAAAUUAAUACAGUUUUUUGUGAUAUUAUUGAAGAAAUAAGUAAUGUACAUCAAAAUUUUCUCAAAUUAACAGAUUACAUUCUUCAUACGUACAUUGAAGAUGCUUUAUUUCCUCCAUCAUUUUGGAAUUUAUUUGAUCUUAUUGGAAUUCGACCAAAAACUAACAAUCAUAUUGAAGGUUAUCAUGGUCAAUUAAAUUCGCAUUGUCAAACUCAUCCAAAUUUGUGGACCUGGAUAAGAUAUAUCCAGGAGUCAGAAGAAUCAACAAUGGUCCGGGUGGAGCAAGAACAAGCUCAACAACAUUCUACACGUCGUAGGAGAGCCACAUCAGUGGCUAAUGAAAACAUUUUGAUUAAAGCAAAACAAGAAUAUUUGGAUGGUGUCUUGAAUCUUACUGGUUACCAAAAGAGAUUGCGAUCUUUUUGUUAUCGAUAUAUCAACGUAUUCAAUACAACUGACAAGGACGAUCUUGAUUAUGAACCUCCACAAAGUUAG